UUUGUUUCUUCAGCAACUUCUGUCCUAGUAUCUUUCAUGGUCUACUAUGCCCCUUGGACAGAAUUCAAAAAGAGGAGGAGUAACGCUAUUCAUCCCUUAAUGAAGAAGCAGAACCAUCAAAAGAACACUAGACAAGAAGCUGAAUUGCUACCACUAGCCAUGCAAGAGCAAGGAAGCAAAGAGCUAUCAAGAUUGUUGGAGAGAUUGAUUCCUAGAAUGAGCUUCAAGGAAUUAUGCAAGGCAACCGAUUACUUUAGCACAGAUAACGUUUUAGGGAUAGGAACGACAGGGAUUAUGUACAAGGCAAAGGUACCAAAUAACUGUUUUCUAGCAGUUAAGAGACUAUAUGGCGCUGAUGAAUACAAGAGGGAAUUCUUGCUUGAAACAAUGAUUCUGGGGAGACACAGGCACAGAAACAUAGCUCCAUUGGUAGGAUUCUGCAUAGAAAAAAGAGAAAGGAUUUUGGUGUAUAAGUACAUGUCUAAUGGAAGACUCAGUGAUUGGUUCCAUUCUGAUGAAGGAGAUCAAAAAAUAAAACUAGAAUGGCCAGAGAGAAUUCACAUUGCACUUGGGAUUGCAAGAGGUUUAUCUUGGCUCCACAAAAGGUGCAAGAUAUUCCAUCUUAAUUUAGAUUCAGAGUGUGUCUUGCUAGACAGGUAUUUUGAGCCAAAAAUAUCCAAUUUUGAGAAGGCAAAAUUUCUAAACCAUACAGUUGAAGAUCAUGUGAGGAUGAAUGUUAUGAAUUAG